AUUCAUGGGUGUGCCUAGCUUUUCGAAAUAUCUAUUAAUUUCACUCAUUAAUUUUUUCGCUCUGCCCAACAAAGGUAGGUAGGUAAUACCUUUAGUAGGUUGUACAAAACAAAUUAAAUUGAAUUAUCUUAAUCUGUUCGGGAGCUAUGGUGCCACAAACAGACAAACCUUGGCACCUUGCGGCGGACGGGUAUUAGAUUCUCUGUUACGUUGUCAUGAAUCAUAAAAUAAUAUCCACUGUAUUUUUCAUUAAUUAUUAGCAGUAUUGCGUCGGUAGGCUCUUCGUAAGAAGGCUAGAGCUACUGCUGUGGCUAAAAUGAAUAUAAUAUUAUGGAACUAGGUACGUAAAUUGGUAUAGGCAGGGAUUAGGGGUCAUCGUCCUGAUAGUUUCUAUUAGGUCGUAACUAUUCGGGACUAUUACUAUAGGUACUAUAUGGGUGAUAAAUUUGCCAUUACUCGCUCUUACUUAAUUAUUUACUUAUUCGCUCUUAAGGUCGUUUGUUUUUUCGCUUGUUCGCUCUUGUUGCUUCGCUUAAACCCCACAAAACUCUUUGCACAGUUUGUCUGUGGGCGUAAUGACUUAAUCUUAUUAACUUACAAUUUUACAAUUAAACUUAUUCUAUCUUUAAGAUACUAACAAUAUAUAUUUUUAAGAUAAUAUUUAGGCAACGAAAGGUCGUUACUCACAUGCUUGCCAAAAGGUAAGUCUUUAGAGUUCUGCAAAAAGCUUUUUUAUUAUUAUUAUUUCGUAUACUGGUGGGCAGGCUAUUGACAAGGUACGGUAUUCUUUUACUGAGUGUUCUGUCCCCAUAGUAAUUAUUUACUCUGGGGACUUGAUAUUUACCUGCACAGGCUGCCCUAGUCUUAUGGGAAUGAUUCAAUAUUGAGUAACUCUCCCAACUGCCGUGACUAUUUGUAAGGAUUUGGUAUUUAUGCUUUAAACCAACAGGGAGAAUUUUACAUAUUUUAAACAGCUUGUAGUAAUUAUCUUUACAUUUUAUUUUUGUUUUUCUGUCUCCUAAUAAUUUAAGGAAUCUAAUUUGUAUUGUUUCUAAUUUUGAAUAUAUGAUUUGAAAGUCAGGCCAUAGCAGUCAAGAGAGUAAAAUUGCCCAAGUCGUAAUACUUUAACCAGCGUAUGCCUCUGUUUUUAGUUAUAAUACGUAGUUACAUACAUCGUCUUAGAUUUUGGCAGAAGGCAUGUUCCUUAGCUUUAUUUUGUACAAUAAAAGAGACGAGAAAAAAAAAUACAUGAGAAACCUCUACCGAUGAUUUCUUUUAUAAAACGUCUUUCACAGUUUGCGCUAUUUCUAAGUCGCGAACUGUCAUUAUAUACACAUAAAAUUUUUAUACCAUUAAAUUCAUCAAAAUGAUGGAAAAUGAAGUUUUCCACGCUGAUAAGUUUUUAUACUUUUCGUAUAGUGCAAAUAUGUUAACGUUCAGAGUUAAAAUGUUCAAUCCUGCUGCAGAAUUUGUGUCAAUAGGGCGAGUGGAUAAUUAUAGGCUUGAUUUUUUCAAGUAUAAUAGCUUUUGGGGAGGUCCAAGUCCAACUUUGGUGCCCACAGCUAACGCCCAAACAUGGGGUGUCAUUUGGAGAUUGCAUAGAGGCGACUUAAUAUCGCUUGAUGAUCAUAAGGGUGUCGAUAACAAAAUGUAUUUUGUCAAAUACGUCGAUGUCCUCACACCAUACUGUGGAACAUUAAGGUGCCGGGCAUACAUACAAAGGGAAUUUCCAUUACCGAGAGGUAAUAGAGAAGCUAUUCCUGUUGAGCGAAGACCGUCCUGGGCAUAUAAGCAAAUUAUGCUGAUGGGAGCCUUAGAACACGGACUUCCAAAACACUAUAUUAGAUUUUUGAGACACUUACGUGAUAACGGCGAAGAAGGUGGUAUAAGAACACUAUGCCUAUUGAUGCGAUAUGCGAAAAACAUGCCAUGUGAAUGUAGAGUACCAGGAAAAAUACUGCGCAAACCCCUGACGCUCACGCUGAGAAAAAUCAAAGAGGAGCCGCCACCGAUAGUAGUACCGAAACCCGUAAAGAAGCCUAAGGGAAUCAAGUUCUAAAUAUUUCAGCCAUCACAAAUCAACAUUACGAAAGAAAAAAAGCAAAGAGUUGGAUGGAAAAGGAUUAAAUAAAAAAGCAGAGCUUUACUAUA